AUGGCAAAGUCGGUCUUUUACGUUUUACGAAGAGGAUUUCUACUAUUGAUCAUCGCCAACACCAUCUACUUCACCUCCUACUUAUUAUAUUACAGAGAAGAAUUUUCGUUUCCCACCUCUUACGCCUCCAGCAGUAAAUCUAAACAUAUAAAUGUGGGCUACCAGGAUGAAGAGCCUACUGUCAACUUUGCGACCGAAAUCAGGAGGUUGUUCGACAAGGUAGAAGCCAACGUCAAUAACAAGUUCUGGUUGAAAAACACGGAGUUGACCAACACCAAAAUCAGCAUCAACCCCCGGGUAUUUUUUUCAGACUCAACCGACGAUGACGCCUGGAUCCACAAAAACACCUUGUUCUACGACAUGCGUGUGACAUUACUGGUUUACUUGAACCUCAUCAAAAACCGUUUGGUGGAAAAGAACUCGGACCAAGCCAUUGGUGAAGAUGUUCCUCGAGAUGACACCGAACCCGCUUCUGAUGCAUCGGUGCCUGUUCUGCCUACCUUCAACGAGGUCUCGGUACCAUUCAGCUGGUUGGACUGGAUCGACUUGUCGUUCAACGACAAGGAGUUGUCCACGGCGGUGGAACAACGUCGUGGUUGUGACUGGGUCCAGCAACAUACCUCCAGAAGACUGGAUCGCAACCGGUUAAAGUGUAUCGACAACCAGGAUUUGUCACCCAAGGAGCUCAAGGCCCUUGGCUACGAACGGCACGAGCAGUUGCCUGGAUUCAUCACCCAUGGCUUUUCUAUCGACCCAGCCACUGUCGACGUGCGCAUCGCCCAGGCCCGGUCUUAUAUUAUGACCCACUUGCCUAACCCUUUCAAGUUAGUAUUCUUGAACAAACACAACGGCACAUAUGAGGUCAACGUCGACCAAGAAACUCCUCACCAACGCAUAAUCAAGUCCGACUUGGUGAAAAAGUACUUGAUUGAUAAUAACCAGAUGACUUUGAACGGGAAGCCUCCACAGAAAAUUGACUUGGACCCGGUGGUGGAGUUCCGCAAGCUCAAGCAACAGGUCAAACCCACCUACAUUUUGCCACUGCAGGAUAUAUAUAAGGUGUACGCUACCACCCACACGUUUGAUCCCAAGCAGUCAAAGAUGUUGCCCAUUGCGAAAGAAGCUUUCCACUAUGGACCGGAGACCAUCGAUGAGCAGAUUCAAGUGUUUGAGGUGCUCGAACAGAAAGAAUCGUUGGACUAUAUUCUGAGAUCCUACUUUGAUUCGUUGAAACGGUCCAAGGAACGUAACACCAAGACUGAGGACGUCUACUUUCGCCAGGCCACUCUCUGGAUUGGCCAUGAUAAGAUCAACAAGGACAAAGACAGAGGCUACCAUUAUGACUGGAGGUUCUUUGUGGGCACUUUAACCACUUAUAAGGGCUGGACGGCGGAAGAAUUGACCUUGAGACAAGAAGUCAUUUUGGAUCGGUUGGCCAGAAACUGGUUUCGGUUUGCCGAAGAAAAGGGCUUGGUCAGCUGGAUUAUGCACGGGCCUUUGUUAUCAUGGUACUGGGAUGGAAUGAUGUUUCCGUUUGACAAUGACUUGGAUAUUCAAAUGCCUAGCAGAGACUUGGCCCGGUUGGGUGAGCUUUAUAACCAAACCUUGAUCAUUGAGGACGUGGAGGAAGGUUUCGGCAAGUACUUGGUGGACGUGGGAACCUUCAUUCACAACAGAGAUAUCAGUAAGAAGGAGAACCAUAUCGACGCCCGGUUGAUCGACGUCGACACUGGUCUUUACAUUGAUAUCACCGGUUUGGGUACCAGUAGUGCUGAGAUUCCCGACAACUUUGAAAAGGAUAAAGAGCUUUUGCAAAUCUCCAAGGAAUCCUCCGAUGACGAUGUCUACAACGAUCGAAGGAAGCACUUUUAUAAGCAUGGUCAACUAACCCCAUUGAAAUACUCGAUGCUAGGUGGUAUUCCUGUGUUUUUACCCAACGAUAUAACAAACCGGUUGGAGUUUGAGUAUCCUGAGGGUAUGGGAAAACCUGAGUAUCACAAUUGGUACUAUAUCCCCAAAAUAUCCCUAUGGGUUCCUAGGGAUAGACUCAAAAAUGCCUUUGAUGAUAAUGAUUUCCUCAAGUUAUCGGACAAUUCACGUGAUAAUGGAAAGGUUGAUGAUGACCGAUUGAAGGACUUGAUUCUAGACAUGGACGAGUCUCAAGUAAUUCAGCUCCUCGAGAAGGACGACGAAAUCUUGUGCGAAUUUUACAAAACCAAAGAACUCACUGAUAUUCAUGAGGUGGAGAAGAAGUUUCUCUUUUCUGUGGAACCACAGGAAGACAAAAAAAUAAAAGUCAGUGACAAACUUUUGGCUGGUAAAGACUAUGACGAGUAUAACGCACUCGUUGCUAAGAAUAUAAGGAUGACAAAACCUUUGAGGAAGUCUUUGUACCUGUACGAAUAUAUCGAUCAACCUCUCCAUCAUCAAGAGUUUGUGGAAAAGGAAGAAGCGUUGAAAUCAAGAAACAUUAGCUAAACCCAUUUUCACUAAUCACUGCUGCUUGGAGUAUUCAUUUAAACCUAACCACGUACCUUUCGGCGUAACUACUUUAAUAGAUAAAAUACUUUUG